AUUUCCCGGGGAACAGAGAAGCGGGCAGCGUUCCGCCGCGGCGGCCGAGCGGCGGUUACCCCAUCCGCGCCCCUCGCUUUCCCCGCGGGCCGAGCGCGGGGCCGCGCCCACCCCGAGCCCACAGCCGGGAGGGAGCGUGCCUCCGCCGGGCGCCGCCGCUUCGAGGUUUUUUAGUGCUUCCCGAGCAUGAGUUCAGAAUGAAGCGACGAUUGGAUGAGCAGGAGUCACCCGUGUACACGUCGCAGCAGAGACGUAUCACCAGCAGCACCGACGCCUUCCAGCACCAGCACCGUGUGCUCGCCCCGGCACCGCCGGUGUAUGAGGCAGUGUCAGAGACCAUGCAGUCUGCUACAGGGAUCCAAUACUCGGUAACUCCCAGCUACCAGGUGUCAGCCGUGCCGCAGAGCUCAGGCAGCCACGGGCCGGCCCUGGCAGCGGUGCACAGCGGCCACCACCACGCCGCCCCUGUGCAGCCACAUGGCAGCCAGGUGGUGCAGAGCCACGCACACCCAGCCCCCCCGGCUGUGCCUGUGCAGGGCCAGCAGCAGUUCCAGAGGCUCAAGGUGGAGGAUGCGUUGUCAUAUCUUGACCAGGUGAAGCUGCAGUUCGGCAGUCAGCCGCAGGUCUACAAUGACUUCUUGGAUAUUAUGAAGGAAUUCAAAUCUCAGAGCAUUGACACUCCAGGAGUGAUCAGCCGCGUAUCGCAGCUCUUCAAGGGCCACCCAGACUUGAUUAUGGGUUUCAACACCUUCUUGCCUCCUGGCUACAAGAUCGAGGUGCAGACAAACGAUAUGGUGAACGUGACGACCCCGGGGCAGGUUCACCAGAUCCCCACUCAUGGCCUGCAGCCCCAGCCCCAGCCCCAACCCCAGCAUCAGUCGCAACCUUCAGCGCAAUCGACCCCAACACCAGCACAGCCGGCGCCGCAGCCACCGCCUGCCAAAAUCAGCAAGCCAUCACAGCUGCAGGCACACACACCUGCCAGCCAGCAGACCCCCCCAAUUCCACCAUAUGCGUCCCCACGCUCACCACCAGUGCAGCCUCACACACCCGUGACAAUCUCUCUGGGAACCACACCAUCCCUGCAGAACAAUCAGCCCGUCGAGUUUAAUCACGCCAUCAACUAUGUCAACAAGAUCAAGAACCGCUUCCAGGGGCAGCCAGACAUCUACAAAGCCUUCCUGGAGAUCCUCCAUACGUAUCAGAAAGAGCAGCGCAAUGCCAAGGAGGCAGGGGGCAACUACACACCAGCACUGACGGAGCAGGAGGUGUACGCACAGGUGGCUCGCCUCUUCAAGAACCAGGAGGAUCUGCUCUCAGAGUUUGGGCAGUUUCUGCCAGAUGCCAACAGCUCGGUGCUGUUAAGCAAGACGACUGCAGAGAAAGUGGAGUCGGUGAGAAACGAUCAUGGAGGCACAGUGAAGAAGCCACAGCUUAACAACAAGCAGCAGAGACCCAACCAGAAUGGCUGUCAGAUCCGGCGGCACUCAGGAGCAGGGACAACCCCUCCAGUGAAGAAAAAACCAAAGCUGCUUGGUUUAAAAGACCAGUCCUUGGCAGAAGCCAGCAAGCAUGGCGUGGGGACAGAAUCUCUGUUCUUUGAGAAGGUCCGCAAAGCUCUGCGAAGCACAGAGGCAUAUGAAAACUUCCUUCGCUGCCUGGUUAUUUUCAACCAGGAGGUGAUCUCCCGUGCAGAGCUGGUGCAGCUAGUUUCCCCAUUCCUGGGGAAAUUCCCCGAACUGUUCACUUGGUUUAAAAACUUUCUGGGCUACAAGGAGUCCGUUCACAUGGAGACCUAUCCCAAGGAACGGGCCACUGAAGGGAUUGCCAUGGAGAUAGACUAUGCCUCCUGCAAAAGGCUGGGCUCCAGCUACCGAGCCUUGCCCAAGAGCUACCAGCAGCCCAAGUGCACGGGGCGGACGCCGCUGUGUAAAGAGGUUUUGAAUGACACCUGGGUCUCCUUCCCUUCCUGGUCUGAAGACUCGACUUUUGUGAGCUCCAAGAAGACACAAUACGAAGAGCACAUCUACAGGUGUGAGGAUGAGCGUUUUGAGCUGGACGUCGUCUUGGAGACCAACCUGGCAACGAUCCGCGUCCUUGAGGCCAUCCAAAAGAAGCUCUCACGUUUGUCUGCUGAGGAGCAGGCCAAGUUCCGCCUGGACAACACCCUGGGAGGCACCUCGGAGGUGAUCCACCGCAAGGCCCUGCAGAGGAUAUAUGCAGACAAAGCAGCUGACAUCAUUGAUGGGCUCCGGAAGAACCCAUCUGUUGCUGUUCCCAUUGUCCUGAAAAGGUUAAAGAUGAAAGAGGAGGAGUGGCGAGAAGCCCAGAGAGGAUUUAAUAAAGUCUGGCGAGAGCAGAAUGAGAAGUAUUACCUGAAGUCCUUGGACCACCAGGGCAUCAACUUCAAGCAGAACGACACCAAGGUCCUGAGGUCAAAGAGUCUCCUCAAUGAGAUUGAAAGCAUCUAUGAUGAGAGGCAAGAGCAGGCUUCAGAAGACAACGCUGGGGUUCCCACAGGCCCGCACCUCUCGUUAGCCUAUGAAGACAAGCAGAUCCUGGAGGACGCUGCUUCCCUCAUCAUCCACCACGUGAAGCGGCAGACGGGAAUCCAGAAAGAGGACAAGUACAAAAUCAAGCAGAUCAUGUACCACUUCAUUCCAGACCUGCUGUUUGCCCAGCGAGGUGAACUCUCAGACGUGGAAGAGGAGGAAGAAGAGGAAAUGGACGUGGAUGAAGCUACCGGAGCUGCAAAAAAGCACAACGGUGUGGGGGGCAGUCCUCCCAAAACCAAGCUGAUGUUCAACAACACGACGGCCCAGAAGCUGCGGGGCAUGGAUGAGGUCUACAACCUCUUCUACGUGAACAGCAACUGGUACAUCUUCAUGAGGCUGCAUCAGAUCCUGUGCUUGCGGCUGCUGCGGAUCUGCACCCAGGCCGAGCGGCAGAUCGAAGAGGAGACACGGGAGAGGGAGUGGGAGAGGGAAGUGCUGGGCAUCAAGCGAGACAAGAGCGACAGCCCCGCCAUCCAGCUGAGGCUGAAGGAGCCAAUGGACAUCGAUGUGGAGGAUUACUACCCAGCGUUCCUGGACAUGGUGCGUAACCUGCUGGAUGGGAACAUGGACUCGUCGCAGUACGAGGACUCCCUGCGUGAGAUGUUCACCAUUCAUGCCUACAUUGCCUUCACCAUGGACAAGCUGAUCCAGAGCAUCGUGCGGCAGCUCCAGCACAUAGUGAGCGAUGAGAUCUGCGUGCAGGUCACAGACCUCUACCUGUCAGAAAACAACAACGGGGCCACAGGAGGCCUCCUGGCUUCGCAGUCCUCUCGGAACCUUCUGGAGGCCACCUACCAGCGCAAAGCUGAGCAGCUCAUGUCGGAGGAGAACUGCUUCAAGCUGAUGUUCAUCCAGAGCAGAGGCCAGGUUCAGUUAACCAUUGAACUGCUGGACACAGAGGAGGAGAACUCUGAUGACCCUGUAGAAGCAGAGCGCUGGUCAGACUACGUGGAGCGGUACGUCAACUCCGACUCUACCUCCCCUGAGCUCCGGGAGCACCUGGCCCAGAAACCUGUCUUCCUGCCCAGGAAUCUGAGGCGGAUCCGUAAGUGUCAGCGUGGUCGGGAGCAGCAGGAGAAGGAAGGGAAGGAGGGAAACAGUAAGAAGUCCAUGGAGAACGUGGAGAGCUUGGACAAGCUGGAGUGUAAAUUCAAACUGAACUCCUAUAAGAUGGUGUACGUGAUCAAAUCGGAGGAUUACAUGUACAGGAGGACUGCUCUGCUGCGAGCUCAGCAGUCCCAUGAAAGAGUGAGCAAGCGGCUGCACCAGAGGUUCCAGGCCUGGGUGGACAAAUGGACCAAGGAGCACGUCACCCGCGACAUGGCAGCCGAGACGAGCAAGUGGCUAAUGGGCGAAGGGUUGGAGGGCUUGGUGCCCUGCACCACCACCUGUGACACAGAGACCCUGCACUUUGUGAGCAUUAACAAGUACCGCGUCAAAUACGGCACAAUAUUCAAGACACCGUAAAUGCCCUGGGCCAGGGAAGAUCCCGGGAGCUGUGUGUGUGUGCGUGCGCAUCAAGGAAACGAGGAAGAUGCCUUUCUCCCCUCACUGUGUAUCUCCGUAACGUGGCCACUUGAUUAGUGUGUGGCUGGUACAAGCUGUCACCAGCGGGAUUCUCUGUAGGAACACGGGUGUCCCAGCACCUGCCGGGCGCCCUGCCCGCCGGCCCUUGGACUUCAGCAUGCACCCCACAGGGAAGGACCCUCCUGAACUUGAGCGGUCCUGGAGAGACGCAACGAGCUCAUACGCACCAGCAGUGUUGAGGCUUUAUUCCCCGGUGGCCUGAGCAGCGAGGGAGGAGAAAUGGAGGAGGCUCUCCACCGCCUGACCGCCUCGGCGGUCUUCAGAUUCCUUGCUUGGAUGUGUCCCGCAGCCCAGAGGCGCUGGGCUCCCCUGCGGGCCCCCGGACCCUCGGUUCCUCCCUUCCCUCCCCUCCCUCCCAUGCUGGACUCAACCAGUGCAGAUUGGUCUGUCCUUUCUAGUGCCAGUGGAACUGUUUUUUUGUACCUGCUUGUUUACUAGUCUCUCCUAGUGCCAUGCACCAGCUUUUCACACACAUGUGCGUACACACACACAACAGAGAACAACACAAUUUUAACAUGUUCCCCCUCCUUUUUUGUAAAUAAAUGUACAAAUUGUCAAUUUUUUUUUGUUUUUUUUUUUGUUUUGUUUUGUUUUUUUAAUUAAAGGAAGUAUGCUUGAUGUGCUAGCAUAACUGUACUAGCUUCUUGUGUACCAUAGUACCAGGUGGCUUGAGAAUUAGUACCUACAGACAGACCUAUGAGGACAUUUAUUACACUUUUUACCAAAGGGAGUUAUCAUUGUAGUGCUUUUGUGUGGAAACUUUUUUCUCCUUUUUUUGUAAAUAAAAAUGAUGUCUUUGUUCUUACUGGAGGAAGACACUCGCUCAUCCACAGCCCUGUCCCUGGUCUGAGAUGCACCGUGCAGCAUGCAGCAUUGGGGGAUGAGGAGAGGGAGUGCGUCCCACCUUGUUACGAUUGGCUUCACAAUCUGAGAGGAAAAAGCAGAGGCAGCGUGCGUGUUUUGUGCUUCACACAACUGAGGUAUAAGCGGUCUGUUGAGAUAUAUAAAUAUAUAUUAUAUAGUUUUUAAUUUUUUUAAUGUUUUUGUUCCGGUGGGUAGUUUUUAUCCACCUAGUCUUCCAGCUCCAAGGACCUUCGCUUUUGGGAGGUGUUGCUGAGCUACUUAGCUGAGGUUGAUUGUGCUUGUGUAUUUUUCCCUCUCAGUAUUGGAGAAAAACAUCUGAAGUACCAAACCAGUAUUGGAUAGAGCUGCUCUGUGUGUGUGUUGGUGUGUGCGUGCAAGAGAAGGGCAGGGGCCGGGGUGGGUCUCAGUGCAUUUCACUAGUGAAAUCCACAUAUGGGAUAUAUAUUUUUUUAAGCAUAGAAGUUUAGCGCUGGCAGAUAUUUAAACACAGGGAAGAUUCUGAUUUUAAAAUGAAGUCGACAUACAGACUUCGUAAGCCACGACAGACACAACUGCACUGUCUCUCCUCCUCAAAGGAGGCAGCUUUCCUUGCACAAACCAGUGCUGCCAGUAUGAGCACCCCAAUCUGCUUCCCUCCUUUCUGGUUUGGGAGCGUGGCUUUGCUGCUGUUGUGACCACAAUCUGGCAGGGAUCUCUGGGCUGGCAGCUUGUCUCCUUCCCGUGGCAGAGAGCCGGGUGUGCAGAAUUGAGGGGUGCAGACAGAGCCCCAACUCAUUAGCAGCCCGGGUGCAGGAGACGGGUCUGGCUGUGGUGGUGACCGGGAGCCUCCUAUGGAGAAAGGAAAAUAGAGGGAAGCGCCCAGCGGGGAAUAGCCAGAGUUUGCCAGCAAUAAGUUCCCUAUCGUUCCAUUCAAAAGGUUUCUUCCCUACCCCUUUUUCCUCUGUAUGCUGAAGGUGAUCCAGCAAUGAACAUGUGGGUGGCGCAGGCCUGGCUUGGGGCGACGCCUGCAUGUCCCAGGGCCAUCCCGCCCUGCCUGGCUGUACCAUAGCAACAAGGCUUCUCUUUUUAUUUGAACUUGCUUUUUGUAUUCUGUAACGUGAUCCUCGGCCCACUAUCCAUGUGAUUUCUAUACCAAUGUUGUAAACUUGACUGUAGUGCAGUAUUUCCAUUAAAAUAUCAGGGCUAA